UCUCUCUUUUCUCGGCUGGAUUUUUUUUUCUGUUUCCUGUCUGGUAUUGUGCUGGGGAGCGGAUGUGUGCAUCGCCCACAGGUGUGUCUGUGCCUGGCUCCUCUCAUUCACAAGAAGGGAUUCGCCGCACGGAGCUCUCCUCUCAGCGAUGGGCGCCGCCGGCUGACUGACGCUGGACUGCACGGGCGGGUUUGAAUCUACACAAUAAAACUGGAUAUUACAUGUCUAAUUUUUCGGAAUUUUUAAAGGGUGAAGUGCUGAGAACCAACUGAGAAGACGAAAAUUAAGAAAUACCCAUUGAAAUGAAUGGUUCCGCAAAAGAUGCUUGAGCCCUGAUGGCGAACUGUUUCCUAGCAGUUGAAUGGAUUUAGUUUGAAGAAAUUUCUCCAGAAAUGGCCACAUGGAUCCAACUUGUAAACUUUUGCAUCUGUAUUGCUCACGUAUCAACCCUAGAACAGGCUCGUUCUUUCUUGAGCGACACAGAGUUAAAUCAUCUAACAAUUAACGUGGACUCAAGCAAUGUAUACAUAGGGGCAGUGAACCGAUUAUACCAACUUUCUGCAGACCUGGAGUUACUAGUCAACGUCACUACCGGACCAAGGCUCGAUCACAAGAAGUGUACGCCGCCCAUCGACGCCACCCAGUGCCCUUCUGCAGUCCAGACAGACAAUUAUAAUAAGCUCCUCCUGCUUGAUGUGCCACACGACAGGAUAGUUGUUUGCGGGAGCCUGUUUAAGGGAAUUUGCUCCUUGAGAAGUUUAACCAACAUCUCGAAUCAGAUCGCUUAUGAUGAUAGCCGGGGAGAGAAGACCUUUGUUGCCAGCAACGAUGAGAAGGUUGAAACUGUGGGACUGGUGUCUGACAUGAAAGACGGGGGCCGUCGGGUUCUGUAUGUUGGGAAAGGCGCUAGCCAAGAUGAUAAUGGAAUAAUUAUCAGCACGCGAAUACUCGAUGAAAUGGAAGAUAAAUGCCCCUUUGAAGCGUACAUGGAUUCCGCCACCCUCAAGUAUAGUUACUCCUCUAUGAGCAUGCAGCAAUUUGUCACUGUUUUUGAGGAUUCUCAACGGAUUUAUUUUAUUUCUAGUCUUCUCGACAAAAACAAUGGUAGAAAUCGGACAUUCAUUACCCGCCUGUGUAAAGCGGACUACAACUACUAUUCUUAUGUUGAGAUGACUCUUGUAUGUACAGAUGGGAACAUCCCUUACAACAUCUGCACCUCUGCCUACCUUGAACGCCCAGGACAAGAGCUGGCAAAUGCUAUGGGGAUUUCAGAUACUAAUGAUAAAGUUCUCUUUGGGGUUUUCAGUACGUUUGACAACAAUCAGGAGAAAUCUGCUCUCUGUAUGUUUUCCCUUGAGGAUAUUAACAAGAAGUUUGAAGAGAACAGAGAGUUGUGUUACACUAGUACUUCAGAGCCACUAAACCCCGAUGGAGAGGCCAUUUUCUCCAAACAGUUUGGUGAUAAAAAAGGCUGUAGUGGGAAACAGAAUCCCAUUCCAAAUGAGUCUAUCAAGUACCCGUGUGGAUCAGAACACUUGCCUUACCCUUUGCAAAGCAGGAAUGGUGUAGAGGCGAAAGCUGUUCUUUUACGUGAAAAUAACCCGUAUACGUCUGUCGCAGUAUCUGUAGAAAAUGAGCACACUAUUGCAUUCCUUGGUACUGCUACAGGAAAACUGGUCAAAGCCUUCCUAGGCAAGCAGUCACGCGAGUACAGAGCUGUGCCAUUUGAAACCAAAAGUGCAGUGAAGAAUGGGAUGUGUUUUGAUGCUACCAAAGAACACCUCUAUGUCAUGACGAAGAAGAAGGUGCAUCGUGUUCCUGUUCAGGACUGUUCCCGAUAUUUGGACUGCACCGACUGUACUCAGGCAAAGGAUCCUUAUUGUGGGUGGUGUGUGAUAGAUGGAAAAUGCACCUUAAGAAAAGACUGUGGUCGCGCCAAUGAGCCAUACCACUGGCUGUGGAGUCCUGAUGGUGUCUGCUUGAAGAUUGAAAGUGCACAGCCAAGUAAUAUGAGUGUUAAACAUCUCAGUAAUGUUAUGUUAAGAGUGGCACCACCCAUAGCGUUGCAUGAAGAUGACAUGCUGACAUGUGACUUUGGAGGAAAUGUCCAAACCGCUAUUCUGGAAGAAGAUGGAUCAAUUUCUUGUCCUCACCCUGUUCAUAUUCCUAAUGUUGUGACCGGCCAGGAUUAUGUUAAUGUCACUAUUGAGCUCUCUCUGCCCGGACAAGUGUUCUUCGCCGAGUAUACCUAUCAGUUCUACAACUGUGAAGAGUCCAUGAAUCUUUCAGAAAAUUUACCAUGCAUUUCCUGUGUUACUACUCAGUGGGAAUGUCGAUGGGACAUAAAAAAUUAUAGAUGUGUUGACGCAUCUCCAAGUAAUGAACAGUCUACAAUCAGCCAGGAAGAGAAUUGUCCACAGUUCUACCAGCCAGAUCCAUCAUUUAUCCCAAUGGAGUUAAAGAGUACUAUCCAAUUUUAUGGGAAGAAUCUUGAAUUUUUCCAAAGAAAAUCUUUUAUUGCCGGGAAUGAUAAGCUCAAGUUUAAGGCUCCUGUAGAAGAGAAAGAGGACAUGUUCUCACUCUCUAUUCCAGAGUUACCUGCUCAAAAUGAAGAAUCCGUUGCCCUUGAUAUUUAUGUUAAAGUGAAUGAUCAGAAGAUUGACAGCAAACUGAAUGUAAGCCUAUACAACUGCUUCUUUGGAAGAACGGAUUGUAGUUUGUGUUUGGCCGCUGAUCGAAAGUACAAGUGUGUCUGGUGUAACAACAAAUGCGUCUACGAGGAUAUGUGUAAAGUACGAGCUGCAACAGAGUGCCCUGAUCCUCUGAUCACCGAUUUUACACCAAAAGCCGCACCCCUGAAUGGAGGCAUACUGCUCACUAUAAUUGGAUCAAAUCUGGGAAUAACUGCUCAAGAUGUGGAAGAAAUUAAAGUUGCAGGCGUGAGCUGUACAUUCAAGCCAGAGAGCUAUUCUGUCUCUACCAGGGUUGUGUGUGAGGUUGGACCAGCACAUUAUGCUCAGUCUGGAAUCAUUAAUAUAAUGGUAAAUGGGAAGGAAGGAAUCUCGCCGAAUAGUUUUACCUUUACCUACCAGGAACCAGAGCCGACAUCUCUGAGACCCGUUGAAGGAGUGCUUGCUGGAGGAACGCAUGUUACAAUAUCCGGAAAUAAUCUAGAAACUGGAUCAAAAAAUGAUGUCCAAGUGUCCCUCGACGGUUUCCCGUGUAAAGUCAUUUCAUUUGGUGAAGAAAUAAUCUGCAUUACAAGUGAGGCAAAGAAAGAAGGAAACGUCAAAGUGAAGAUGUCCUAUGGUACGAACACCUUAAAAGAAGCUGGAAAGUUUACAUACAGAAGCAAUCCCAUCAUUUCCCAGUUUUACCCUGAUCGCAGUUUUGCCAGUGGAGGAAGAAAUAUCACCAUUUCUGGGAUAGGAUUUAAUCUUGUGCAGCAUUUCAGCAUGAUGGCCACAUUGCAAACAAGAAGAGAGAAAAGAGAACUGGAGGAUCAUGGCUGGCAUAUAAUAGAAAAGGAAGACAUCCUUGAGAAAGUUGAUGACACCGUAAUAAUAUUCUCCUCUCCUCAAGUACCGGAAAAUUACCAGAACUCAGAGGUUAUUGUAGUGAUUCAAAUGGAUGGGUUUGUGACACCUCUGCAGACAACUGAUCUCUCUUUCAAUUAUCUCCAUGAUCCUACUUUUGAUAACUUCACAGAUGGGAUCAAAAAACAAGUGAACAAUCUCAUAAAUGCCAAGGGCAAUAACCUAAAUUCCGCAAUGACCAUAGAAGAGGCAAAAGCUUUUGUCGGUGAAGGCGUUUGCAAGAUAAAUACUUUAACUGCAACAGACUUGUACUGUGUUCCACCUGAAGAACAACCUCCACCCAGAAAGCGCCAUAAGAGAGACACCACAGACAACUUGCCAGAGUUCACGGUUAAAUUUGGAAACCGAGAAUGGAUACUGGGAAAAGUAGAAUAUGGACAGUCCCCAGCAAUUCCCUUGCACAUAAUUAUUCCAGUAGUGCUCAUACCAAUGAUCCUAAUCAUUGUCAUAGCUGUCUACUUCUAUCGGAGGAAAAGUCAACAGGCAGAGCGAGAAUAUGAAAAAGUUAAACUGCAACUGGAAGGACUAGAAGAAAGUGUCCGAGACCGCUGCAAGAAGGAAUUCACAGAUCUAAUGAUAGAGAUGGAAGACCAAACAAAUGACCUUAAUGAAACUGGAAUUCCAUUUCUGGAUUACAAAAUGUACACUGACAGAGUAUUCUUCUGGCCAUCCAAAGAUGGGGAGAAAGAUGUAAUGAUCACUGGGAAACUUGAUAUUCCAGAAGCAAGGAGACAAACCGUAGAGCAGGCACUGAACCAGUUUUCAAACCUACUGAACAGCAAAUCAUUUCUCACAAUUUUUAUUCACACGCUGGAAAACCAGAGGGACUUUUCUGCCAGGGAGAAGCUUUAUUUUGCCUCCUUGCUUACAGUUGCCUUGCAUGGAAAGCUAGAGUACUACACAGAUAUCAUGAGAACCUUGUUUGUGGAGCUGAUGGAGCAGUAUGUGGCCAAGAAUCCCAAAUUAAUGCUUCGAAGAUCAGAAACUGUUGUUGAGAGGAUGCUUUCAAACUGGAUGUCUAUUUGUUUGUAUCAGUACCUAAAGGACACAGCUGGUGAGCAUCUAUACAAACUCUUCAAGGCAAUCAAACACCAAGUGGAGAAGGGCCCUGUGGAUGCUGUGCAAAUUAAAGCCAAAUACACCCUGAAUGAUACUGGAUUACUGGGGGAUGAUGUCGAAUACACACAGUUGACUGUUAAUGUCAUUGUCCAAGAUGAAGGUUUGGAGCCUGUCCCAGUUAAAGUAUUAAACUGUGAUACAAUUGCCCAGGUCAAGGAAAAAAUAGUUGAUCAGGUUUACAAAAACCUUCCAUAUUCACAUAGACCAAAAGCCGACAGUUUGGCAUUAGAAUGGAGACCCGGCUCAACAGCACAAAUACUGUCUGACUUGGAUUUAACAUCCCAGAAGGACGGCAGAUGGAAGCGCGUUAAUACACUGAUGCAUUACAAUGUUAGAGAUAAUGCCACGCUUAUUUUAUCAAGAAUUGGAAUUACCCAGCAUCAAGAGGAAAAUCACCAAGACUUCCCGGGAGAAAGACAUGCACUACUAGAAGAUGAAAACAAAGUAUGGCAUCUUGUACGUCCAGCCGAUGAAGUCGAUGAAGGUAAAUCCAAAAGAGGAAGUAUGAAGGGGAAAGAUCAGACAAAGGCCAUAACUGAAAUCUAUCUGACAAGGCUUCUGUCUGUCAAGGGUACGCUCCAGCAAUUUGUAGAUAACUUCUUUCAUAGUGUCCUUAAUUCAAAUCAAGUGGUACCUCCAGCUGUGAAAUUUUUUUUUGACUUUUUGGAUGAGCAAGCAGAGAAAUAUGAUAUCAAAGAUGAAGAUACAGUUCACAUUUGGAAAACAAACAGUUUAUCGCUGCGGUUUUGGGUUAACAUCCUGAAGAACCCUCAUUUCAUCUUUGAUGUUCAUGUACAUCAAGUCGUGGAUGCUUCCUUGUCAGUCAUUGCACAGACUUUUAUGGAUGCUUGCAGCAGAACGGAGCACAAACUGAGCAGAGAAUCCCCCAGCAACAAAUUGCUCUAUGCCAAGGAGAUCUCAACAUACAAGAAAAUGGUGGAAGACUAUUACAAAGGAAUCCGUCAGAUGGUACAAGUUAGUGACCAGGACAUGAAUACACAUUUAGCAGAAAUUUCAAGGUCACAUACAGAGUCAUUGAACACAUUGGUAGCUCUACACCAGCUCUAUCAGUAUACAAAGAAAUAUUAUGAUGAGAUAAUAAAUGCUUUAGAAGAAGAUCCCAGUGCACAGCGCAUGCAGUUAGCAAUCCGGUUACAGCAAAUAGCAGCAGCAUUAGAAAAUAAAGUCACCGACCUUUGAUUGCAAUGGCGGGAGAGAAAGAAGGAUGGAAACGAAGACUUUUUUUUCUUCCUAAGGAGCAGAGUGUUAUAUUUUUUAAAUGCCCUUUUUGCCUUUUUUUUAAUUAGACCUAUUUGUCUUGCACAAUAAGAAAAGGAGAAAGAUGUUUUUACUGUAAAUUAUGCCUCUAAUAUAACCUGUGUUCAACGAGGGAAGGGACAUUUUUUAUAGUCAAUGUAAUGUUCUAGACAAUGCUGACAAAAGCAUUUUCGUUUUUAAAUUCAUUAUGCAAGCAUCCUAAAUCUGUAACGUCAUUUAUAGUAAAGCAAUACAUAUGUCAAGCAAUCAUUUCAACACUUUAGGACAUAGUUAUUCCUAUGCUUCCUCCAUAUUUUCUGUUUCACCAACUGGACAAGUAAUGUGAACAGGUGACGAUAUUUCCAUUCUCCACAAAGUGCCAUGAGGGAUCAUGCAAUGCAGUGUAUUGCUGCCCAGCUAUUAAUGGAGGUCUGAACGCUGCCAAUAGGAAGCACAAACUGAUUUUUUUUUUUUUUUAAUCUUCUGAAAUUUAUUUUAUAUACAUUCUAAUGUGCCUUACAUGUACCAGUUGAUGAAAGACUGAAGAUACAUGAUUUUGUAAAGAAUAUAGAAAAUUUUAUUUAUGUCACUGAUUUUUUUUUUCUGUGACCAAAUGUAAUUAAUUGUGUGUCAAUGGCGUACACGUUGACAUGAUUACUAUGUAAAGUUUUAAUAUGUUUAUCAUGUAUUAAAAUGUUACCGGAAUUUCACAUCUCCAUCUGGUAGCCAAUCCAAAAAGCACCUUUUCAUUGUAUCUCUACAGUAGGAAUGUAAACUGCUAUAUGUGAUGUUAGACCACAGCCAGCAUCUGAUUGUACAUUUCAGUACCCAAUAAAGAGUCUUACAUCCCUUUA